AUGCCCACCUUAGAAAAGCUGCAGGAGAGCUACGCAGCCGCUGAUCAGAGCCAAGUAUUCCGCUUUCUGGAGACUCUCAAUGCGGAACAGCGCCAAACGUUGAUCAAACAGCUGGCCGGGAUCGAUAUCCAGCGGGUCAAUCGCAUCUACCAGCGUGCGAUCGAAGCAGAGAAGUAUCUCAGUAGCGCUGAAGCAAAAGAGGAGGCGAUCGAACCUCUUCCGUCCGAGGCUUUCGACAGCACGAUUGGCUCCCCAUCCAACGCGAGUCAGUGGAGAGAAGCUGGGUUGGAUGCCAUUGCAAAGGGACAAGUUGGUGUACUACUCAUGGCAGGUGGGCAAGGAACAAGACUGGGUAGUAGCGCUCCCAAGGGCUGCUACGAUAUCGGCUUGCCAUCCCACAAAUCCCUCUUCCAGUACCAGGCAGAGAGAAUCAGGCGUCUCCAAGACAUCGCUAAAAAAAGGAAUGGUAAAUCUCAAGUUGUCAUUCCCUGGUAUGUGAUGACCAGUGGCCCAACGCGUCCCGAUACCGUCGCCUUCUUCAAGGCCAACAACUACUUUGGUCUCAAUCCCAGCAAUGUCAUCUUCUUCGAGCAAGGCACCCUGCCUUGUUUGACGAUGGAUGGCAAAGUUAUUAUGGACGCACCUGAUCAUAUCGCGGUCGCUCCAGACGGAAAUGGCGGUUUAUAUGCCGCGCUUCGUUCUCCUUUGAACCCUGGAGAAGCAACCACUGUUCUCAGUGACAUGGGGAACCGAAAUGUUCUCUAUGUUCACGCAUAUGGUGUCGACAACUGCCUUGUGCGUGUCGCGGAUCCGACCUUUAUCGGGUUUUGCCUCUCGAAAAAGGCCGAUUGCGCAGCCAAAGUCGUACGCAAGGUAGAUCCAAAGGAAUCGGUCGGUGUUGUCGCGUUAAAGGGGAAGAAAUACUCUAUCGUCGAGUACUCUGAGAUCUCUGCAGAGGAUGCCGAAAGCAGAGAUAGCAGCGGUGAACUGAAGUUCCGCGCUGCUAAUAUCGCCAACCACUUCUACACCACCGAGUUUCUCCGUAGCGUCGUCAAGUUUGAGGAUGAAAUGGCCUUCCACAUCGCCAGGAAGAAGAUUCCACACAUCGAUAUGACAAGUGGUCAGCUGAUCAAGCCAUCCAAGCCAAAUGGCCUCAAGCUGGAGCUUUUUGUCUUUGACGUCUUCCCGUUCACCAGCAACUUUGCUGUGCUCGAAGUGGAUAGAAAGGAUGACUUUAGCCCCCUCAAGAAUGCUCCAGGUACUGGUGUGGAUGAUCCAGAGACCAGUCGUCGAGAUCUUCUUCAACAGCAAAGACGUUUCCUGGAGGCGGCAGGUGCUACGGUCGCGGAAGGAGUGGAGAUCGAACUUUCACCUCUGGUUACUUAUGAUGGAGAAGGGCUGGAGAGUGUCAAAGGAAAGAAGUUUACUCGUUCUGGUAUUGUCGAGUCGAUUGAAAGCCUGGAUGCACUUGUGUAG